AGUUUGAUUCCGAUUUCGUCUUAUCCCGCACUUUGCAUUUCCCAUUUUCGAAAUCAAUUAUUAAUUAGUCGCACGGCCUAUGCAAAUGCAAAUCCCCCAAACCCAAACCACACAAUUGUGUCUCUAACAAACGAGAGCACAUGCACGCGCCACUGUUCUCCGGCCGCAGAUAAAACUACACUUCUGUACUCUUUCUUCUUUCUCUGCUCAACAGAUUUGAUUGAAGCUUGAAACCAAAUAAUUCAUGGCUUUGAAUUUGUUGUCGCCGGCUGAGAUUAAGUCAAUCUCCUUGUUCGGUUCCACCACCAGCAACUCUUCUCAGCGCCUCAAGCAUUCAGGCGGAUUUGCCUUGAGGAAGAAGUGUAAUGGCAUAAGAAUUCAUUGUUCAGCUCAGCAGCCUCAACCAGCUUGGCCAGGCCGAGCAUACCCUGAGCCCGGUCGUAAGACUUGGGAUGGUCCGAAGCCUAUUUCAAUUGUUGGAUCUACUGGUUCCAUUGGCACUCAGACACUGGAUAUAGUUGCUGAGAACCCUGAUAAGUUUAGAGUUGUGGCACUCGCAGCUGGUUCAAAUGUAACUCUUCUCGCUGAUCAGGUGAAGACAUUCAAACCUCAACUAGUUGCUGUUCGAAAUGAAUCCCUAGUAGAUGAACUCAAAGAGGCUUUGGCUGAUGCUGAACAAAAACCUGAGAUUAUUCCUGGGGAACAAGGUGUCAUUGAGGUUGCUCGUCAUCCUGAGGCUGUUAGUGUAGUUACUGGUAUAGUAGGCUGUGCAGGUUUAAAGCCUACAGUGGCUGCAAUAGAAGCAGGGAAAGAUAUUUGCUUAGCCAACAAAGAGACACUGAUUGCUGGAGGUCCUUUCGUCCUUCCUCUUGCAAAUAAAUACAAUGUGAAAAUCCUUCCAGCUGAUUCUGAGCAUUCUGCCAUUUUUCAGUGUAUUCAAGGAUUGCCAGAGGGUGCACUUCGGCGCAUAAUUUUAACUGCCUCCGGAGGAGCUUUCAGGGAUUGGCCAGUUAGUAAACUGAAAGAAGUGAAAGUGGCUGAUGCUCUGAAGCAUCCUAACUGGAAUAUGGGGAAGAAGAUUACUGUGGACUCAGCAACCCUUUUUAAUAAGGGUUUAGAAGUUAUUGAAGCACAUUAUUUGUAUGGAGCAGACUAUGACAAUAUUGAGAUUGUAAUUCAUCCGCAGUCUAUCAUUCAUUCAAUGAUUGAAACACAGGAUUCAUCUGUUCUUGCACAACUGGGGUGGCCUGAUAUGCGCUUGCCAAUUCUGUACACAAUGUCAUGGCCUGAGAGAAUUUACUGCUCUGAAGUAACUUGGCCACGUCUUGAUCUUUGCAAGCUUGGCUCGCUAACAUUUAAGUCUCCUGACAAUGUAAAAUACCCAUCCAUGGAUCUUGCUUAUGCUGCUGGACGGGCUGGGGGCACCAUGACUGGAGUUCUUAGUGCAGCUAAUGAGAAAGCUGUAGAGAUGUUCAUCGAGGAGAAGAUCAGUUAUCUUGACAUUUUCAAGGUUGUUGAGUUGACAUGUAACAAGCACAUAGAAGAAUUAGUGGUCUCGCCGUCAUUGGAGGAAAUUAUUCACUACGACUUGUGGGCAAGGGAAUUUGCUGCUGGUUUACAAGAGUCUUUUGAUUUAAAUCCUGUCUUUGCAUGAAUCACAGCUUCGGCCAUGUUUCAAGAGUGAUUGAUAAUCAUGAAGCUGAUGAAGUCAUGUCCGGAAGAAACGAGUGGAAGUUCAUGAAGAAAGAAAUGGAAAUUGCUUUUGCGUUUUACUUAUCAUCCCGGUUAAUCUACUCCUUUCGAUUCUAAUAAAAAGUGAAAAUGUUGAAGGCUUAUUGUACAGAUUCUGCAUUGCGUCUGUUCGUUGCGAAUGUUUUCAACUCAUGUUAAAACUAUGUAAGGGUAUGUUUUUGGCCAUUGUAAGAAACUCUUGAAAAGUCAAGCACGGUGAUGUAUUAUGAAUAAGUACAGAAUUUGCGAGAAAACAAAAAAAUUUAAUUUCCAGCAAAGAAAAGGGAAACCGAGUCCCACAUGACA